AUGCCAUCAGAAUCCGAUUCACCGACAACAUCUUCAGGAACUUAUAGUCAGACGGUUUGUUUUGUUUAUAGAUCUUUGAGAUAAAAAAAGAUAAAAUCAGAGGGAAAACGGGUUUUUUUUCUUUCUCUGUCAUUUUUUCCCAAAAAAAUUGGCAGAAACAAAAAAUUAUUGAGGGAAUAAUCGAAGGAAGAAUUUUUGCAGAUUGGCCUUCUUUAUGUGUUCAAUCUGAUUGUUGGAACUGGUGCUCUUGCUCUUCCAAAAGCUUUCCAAAGUGCUGGAUGGUUUUUGAGUAUCUCACUUCUGUCGUUCUCAGCAUUUAUGAGUUAUGUAGCGGCAACAUUUAUUAUUGAAGCGUUGUCUGUUGCCAAUGCAGUGGUUUCGAAAAAUAGAAGAAGAGAGAGAGUUAAUGAUUUUGAAGAUGUUGUUAUUCAGGAUAGUGGACCAUCGACUUUUGAGAUUGUGAAGAAGGUUGAAGUGGUGUGUUUUUUUGAGAAUUUUUAUUCGAAACUUGUACGUAUUAAAGAAUACUAGAAAGUAAUGACAAAAAAAAUUCAAAAAAUUUAAAAAUUAACCCAAAAUAAGAUUUUUCAAGAUUCAAAAAAUGAUACUCAAAUUGUUCCUGGUGGUUUUCUGAAAAAAAAAUCUCGAAAUCCAGCCUAAUAAACUUAUGGAAACUUUUUUUUAAAUUCCAGAGUGAAAUGGCAGCGAUUUUCCUUCCAAAAGUCUGGCUGGUCUUUUCAUACUUUGCUAUCAUUAUCUACCUCUUUGGAGAUCUUGCAAUCUAUUCAACAACAGUUCCAAAAUCAGCAAUGAAUAUCAUCUGGUGAGUAUCUCAAUCUCUGGGAUAUUUUCCAACAAUUAUUUCUGAAACUUUUUCAGCGCAACCAUAAACUCCUCUACAGUUAAACCAACCGAUCUUUGUCACCCAAAUUGGGCCGAUUUUCUUACACGAAUGAACGUGUAUCGAGGAUGCGUUUUAGUUUUCGUUGUGAUAGUGUGCCUUCCAAUGGUUCUUGUUGGUAUCACAAAAACUAAACAUAUCCAAAUGAUGACAACUUUAUCAAGAUGGGGAGCUUUCAUUUUGAUGAUUUCCUUGGCAUCUCUUCAAUUAUUGAGCAACGGACCAGCUGCUCAUCCACCAGCUUCAAAUUUCCAUGGAUUUGGCUCACUUUUUGGUUGUGCUGUUUACGCCUUUAUGUGCCAUCACAGUAUUCCAUCAUUGAUCACACCAAUGGAGUAAGUUCAGUAGUUUAUUAAACGUUAUCUGAUUUUUGUUUAGAUCAAAAGAUCGCGUCUUCGGAAAAAUUGCAGUUGUAUAUGGAAUUGUUGGAGCAUUCUACUUUACUCUUUCACUAACUGGAGCUUUUGCUUUUGAACAUGUGCAAGAUAUUUACACUUUGAAUUUCUUGCACGAUGAGAAUACUUCAUUUGUUUAUACAAUUAUCGAUUAUUUUUUGGCGCUUUUCCCGAUUAUUACAUUGACUUCGAGUUAUCCGAUUAUUGCAUUGACAUUGAUCAAUAAUUUCAAAGUUGUGAAGGAUAUUUUGUGGCCAAAGACUGGGUUAGUUUUUGAGAGAAAACUUUCGAGAGAGAAAAACUAAAUUCUUCAACAACUUUCGGAAAUUUAAAUAUUCUUAAACUUGAACCCAACGUCCCUCUAAACAGGCAUACUUUUCAGAAUUGAAAACGAGUCUCUUCUCGAAGAAGAAAACAAUGACGACGAUACCGACGAUGAAAGAGAAGUCAGAACAUCUCGAAAUGACAAAAAAUCAGUUUUCGAUAUUUUUGUCACAAUUCUUGUUUUGGCCCUUCCAACCUUCCUCAGUCUUAUGACUGAUAACAUGCUUCUCCUCGCCUCAAUCACCGGAAGUUUCCCAGGAGUCGUUGUUCAAUUCGCAAUUCCAUGUCUUCUUGUUUCGGCUGCGCGUAAACACGCAAGAAGUGUUUUGAAUUUCCCAGUGCCACGUAAACACGUCAGCCCAUUCCAAGGUACCAUUUGGAUUGUUAUGAUUUCUUUAUGGGCAUCUUUUUCAAUUAUUAUGGUUUUGUUGAACCUUAUCGGGGUCAAGUUCUAA